AUGGAAAGGUAUAAAAUUUUAAAGACUGUUGGAGACGGCACUUUUGGGACAGUCUACAAAGCAGUCAACAAGUCAAACGGCGAAAUUGUUGCCAUCAAAAAGAUGAAAAAGAAAUUUUACAAUUGAGAUGAAUGUCUAGCCCUUCGAGAGAUAAAAUCAUUGCGAAAACUGUCCCAUCCAAAUAUAAUUAAGAUGAAAGAAGUGAUUCGUGUGAACGACGAACUGCAUUUAGUAUUUGAUUAUCUUGACCAAAACGUGUAUGAGCUUAUUAAAGGGAAAACUGAUUACUUGCCUGAAGCUCAAAUCAGGUCUAUCCUAUAUCAAACGUUUCUUGGGCUUGCUUAUAUGCAUAAACAAGGAUUUUUCCACCGAGACUUAAAGCCAGAAAACCUAAUGGUCCAUCAAGAGAUUUGCAAAAUCGCUGACUUCGGCCUUGCCAGAGAAAUUCGUAGCAAGCCGCCAUAUACAGAUUAUGUAAGCACAAGGUGGUACAGAGCGCCAGAAAUUUUACUAACUCCUACCCCCCUCCGUGAGUGAACAAAACCAUUAGAAAAUCGCUAUUUUUUGCCCAAAAAUCCACCCUCCGCGAGUAAACAAAAAUUUUUUUAAUGAAAAAUUUUUGAUAUAUAAAUGAAAAUUAUUAUAAUGAAAUCUAGAGCUAAUUCUGUUUAAUUUUAAACGAAUUGCUUUUUAAAACAUAAAUUUUAUAAAUUAAAUUAAUAUUUGCUUUCCAAUUUUUGCGAAUUAGGAUUUUUUUAAAUUUCGAAAAAAAAAAAAAUUUUUUUAUAAAAUUUAUAUAUAAAAUUUUUAAAAAAAAAAAAUUAACCCCCCUCAGUGAACAAAAUUUUUUUGUUCACUCACGGGGGGGGGGGGAGUAAGGAGCACCAAUUACAACUCUCCUGCUGAUAUUUUUGCUAUGGGCUGCAUAAUGGCUGAGCUUUAUAAUUUACGACCACUUGCCCCAGGGACUAAUGAGAAUGACCAGAUGUUUAAAUUUUGUACAGUCCUUGGGACUCCUUCACCUUCAGAAUGGUCUGAAGGGUACAGACUGGCAUCAAGCACUGGCUACCAUUUUCCACAAGCAAGUGCAGUCCCAAUGAGAACUCUAGUUCCAGGAGCAUGCAGCGAAGGAUUAUCGCUAUUAGAACAGCUUUUAUCAUGGAACCCACAAAGCAGGCCAACAGCUUCAGAAUGUCUCCAGCACCCUUAUUUUGUGAAUUAUCAGCCAAUUUUGCCAAAUCAGCCGCUCCCUCAACUAGAAGACCCAAGUUCUAGAGGAAAUAUUGAGAGCAGAGGAAAAGGGCUCCCAUCAGCGUUUAGGAGGACAAACUCAAAAUGGUCACAAGGAAGCUCAAGAAUCGGAGGAGGCAGUUCAAAAGGCAAAUGAAAUAUCAAAGCGAAUAUUCCUGUUACAGAUAAAAAAGAUUUUGUCCUACCAAAGCUCCCAGAAGUUGCAGAAUUGUCGAGUUUUGGGAUUGCUAAAAGAAACCCGCCUAAUAAAUAUUUGCCAGACAAUAAUAAUGUUCAAGGGAGCUCAGGCCAGCAGCGCGAAGACUUAUACUUGCCACCAGUAGUAAACCCAGGGCCUGGAAAAAUGCUACCAUCUCUAUAUGAUAGCCAGCCUCCAAAAGAUUAUAGCAUAUAUAAUCCUCCAGCCCCUACUUUUGGGCAAGAAAGACAGCCACUAAGAGAUGUUGGAUUAGAAAGAAACCCAUCCCAAGCCCAUGGGCACAAGCCGCGUGAUUUUUCAAUGGAUCGACAAGACUAUGAUAUUUAUGGAGAAAAAGGAAAAAAUAAUUAUGGAUAUGAACGACAGACACCUGGAGAAAGAUUCCCAUCUGGAAAUGGAGGACUCGGAAGAGGAAUGCUAGACAAACUGCCGAAAUUCAAUGCUCCGUCAUUUCCUUAUAUGAACCAGCCUAAGAAGCUGCAGCCUGUAGGAGGUCUUUCUUCAAUUGGGAGCAACAUAAUGGGAUCAAAAAUGCAAAUGCAGCCAAGAGGCAUGCAGAAAGCUUCAAUGCUUCCUGCUAUUGGAAGGCAUCGAUUUUAG